AUGCCCCAGCGUGUACUUGGUCUGAACGAGAUUGCCAUACGCGUCGCCACCUCGUCCUUCAGCGACCGACCUGCGUUCGCGCACCAUCGGAGACGGUCCUCUGCGUCCAACAACUCAGCCUCAGCAGGCGGUCCUCGCGUUUCCCCUCUGCGUCUGGGCCAUCAGGCCCAGUACCUGCAGCCCCCUCUGAGUCCGAUACCAGGUACACCCAAUCCCCAAAUGUCCCUAAGCAGAAGUCCCUCCCCUGUCCCCGGAGGAGGCUGGUCUUCUCCGGGCCUCAACAUCAACACUAGUGGCCGAUCGAGCCCGUCCAAAUCCUCCUUCGCGGGUCCGAAUGGCGGUUCUGUAACCUGGGAGUCGGCGAGGCUCAAGAGUCAGGGAAUUUCCGGCUACCCAUCGUUCUCGACACAGAAUCAUGGUUUCUUCACCCGGCACAUGCGCCGCAUAUCGAGCAGCCUGCCGUCGUUUAACACGGCCGCGGACGACAGAUACGCCGAGAAGGAGAAACCCGGGCGACGCAGAUGGAAUAUCCCGCUCCUCGGGAAGGCCAGGGCCGUGGUUGCGCGGAUGGGGAGGAAGUGGAAGAUCCGAGCGCUCAUAGGCAUCCUGCUGCUCGCCUGCUACUUGUUGUUCUACAUCACACCGCUCUGGUACUACUGGAGGAGAACGAGCUGGUUAGGGGGCGGAGAAAAGUUCCUCAUCAUACUCGCGGCAAAUGUCGGCGGUGGUGUGAUGGAGUGGAAGGGCGCGCGCGAGUGGGCUAUCGAACGGGACAGCGUCAGGAAUAAGCGCAAAUACGUGGCGAGAUGGGGCUACGACCUCGAAAUUGUCGACAUGAGUACGAAGAAGCGCUACGCGCACGAGUGGCGAGAGAGCUGGGAGAAGGUCGACAGCAUCAGAAACAGUUUCAGGAAAUACCCAAAGGUGGAAUGGAUCUGGUGGUUAGACCUCAACACAUUUGUCAUGGAGCCCUCGUACUCGCUCCAGCGGCACAUAUUCGACAACUUGGAAAAGCGCAUCUACCGCGACAUCAACGAGUACAAUCCGCUCAACAUCACCCACCCCCCGCAGGCCAACUACCUCGAUCCGGAAUCGUCGAGCGCGGUGGGGGACGGAAAUAUCGAUUCGGUGAAUCUCAUACUCUCUCAGGACUGUUCGGGGUUCAAUCUCGGCUCCUUUUUCAUCCGGCGGAGCGAGUGGACUGACCGUCUCCUCGACAUAUGGUGGGACCCGGUGCUAUACGAGCAGAAGCACAUGGAGUGGGCGCACAAGGAACAGGACGCACUCGAGCAGCUGUACCAGAACCAGCCGUGGAUCCGAAGCCACACGGCCUUCCUCCCGCAGCGGCUCAUCAACAGCUUCCCGGAUAAGGCAUGUGCCGACAACGGGAACGACACCCGCAUCCACUACAACCAGGACGACCGAGAUUUCCUCGUAAACAUGGCCGGCUGCGAGUGGGGCCGCGACUGCUGGGGGGAGAUGUACAACUUUCGCGAGCUCAGCUAUUAUCUGAACCGAAACCCGUGGGAACGAUUCAAGGAGGACCUAGUUGCCGUCAUCUGGUUCAAGUUGACCGGCCAGAAAGUCAAGUGCUUAAUUUGUCGGCAAUCGUGCCUAUCAACAGCCGCCGGCUCUCCGCCGUUAACCUAG